AGUUGCUAGCAUUGGAUGAAGCAACAGUUCUCAAACUUUGUUCACUCGCGACACGCAAUUAUUAAUGAUCCCGAGUUUUACAAAAUCUAUACUCCGAAUUCAACCUUCGCGUAUAAUGCAAUAACUUCUGGAACUGGAACGUUACUCGACGGAAAAAAUAAUUUACGUAAACAACUUGACGUCGAUUAAUUUACUGCUUAAUUUCUUAUUAAUUUUCUUCGUUUUAGUACUUCAAAUAUAUUUUCAUAUCGAAGACAUAGUGGAGAUUAUAUUUUCUGGUCUUCUUUAUUUCGUUACAAAAAUCGGAGCAUCCCUAAUCGGACGUACGGAUUUCGCCAGAUUUUGAUUUUGCCAGAAAAUAUGACGAGAGUAGGGGUCGUGGAAGAAAAAGGACGAGGUGCGCGGGAGGCGAGAGAAGAGCGAUCGGUGCGAAAGGAAAGCAAUUGUUACUGCUUUUAUUAUCGCUAUCGCGAUAUCGCAUUCAUAGAAAAUCCAACGCGUAUUUUCGGGAUCGUUUACGCGACUACGUUGCCAUGCGAGUAUCGAUUCGACGAACUGGUUCGUAAGUCGCGAGGCGCGUAUUUCGUCGUAUGGGACACUAAACCGAGUUCUCCCGAGGAUGCUCGAGGACAAUCGCGAUUCGCAACGCCGCGACGAGUGUGCCGACAAGUGGUCCCGUAGAAGUGUCUAUGGACGAAUCGAUGGACGUUUUGAUCGUGGAAAAGUGGUGAAAACGGGAUAGCCGAAGAGGAACCACGGUGGAUCGGGGAUAAAGGAGACAAGGCAGGGAUGGGAGGCGCGAAGAGAACGAAAGUUUUAAGAACUGGAAGAAAGACGUCGACCGGAAGGAGGUGACAGGUUGCCGAGGAGAAGCGAUCACGGGGAAUUGGCAGCGAAUGGGAGGCGAAAGGACGGCUCGUUAUGCGAAACGAAGCCACCAGCGACAUCGUAUCGAGAUGGUGCUCGGGUCAGAACGCGUUCGUGACACCGGAACGCAGAAAGUUUAGACGCGUGCACGGACUUCAGCUACCGCUUCAUCCCCAACAAGUGAUCGGUUGGAUCGUUAUUUUGGUUAUAGCGAUAAACACGUUUGCCGUCUUAACGCCGCUCCUCGAGCCGAGUCUGCGUCCAGUCCUCUCGAUCUCCAUAGCAGCGAUCUUCGCUACGCAUCUUUGCUCCCACCUGAUCGUGCUCCUGCUGGAUCCGGCGGAUCCCCAAGUCAGGUCUCAGCCGGCGAACAAAGUCCUGCCGGAAUUCGACAGGUCGAAGCACGCGCGUGUCAUCGAGAACGGCCGAUGCCACCUCUGCAAUAUAACCACAGAGAGCAAGAGGACCAAGCACUGUUCGAUCUGCAACAAAUGCGUGGCGCGAUUCGAUCAUCAUUGCAAGUGGCUCAACAACUGCAUCGGCGGUAGAAACUAUUCAGCCUUUCUCGUUUGCCUAAUUUCCGCGAUCCUGGCGAGCCUGUCCGUCGCCGGUCUCUCCGCGACGGAAUUGUUGCUGUCGUUGGUCUCCGGUAGGACGGUAAACGCCAGCAUGGAGAACGCCACGGGUCCUGGCCUGUCAAUCAUCCCCGUCUCGGACACCGGCUCUAUUAUCCUGAUCUCCGCGAUAGGAAUCCUCUCGGCGAUCGCGGCGAUCCUCCUGAUUCAUUUGUGCUUCUUUCACGGGUACAUCGCCUGUCUCGGUUUGACCACGUACGAGUACGUAAGGAACAAGCGAGAAAGAAACACCGUUACCGCAGCCGUCGCAGCAGCCGCCGCCGCUGCCGCAACCGCUACCGCUGCCGCCGCAGCUGCGACCGCCGCUGCUGCCAAUGCUGCCAACUCCGUGGACGCUACCGGGAACCCAGCGACGGUAACAGAGUCAACAGCCGGACUCAACGGAUUCCGUGGAUUCAUGUCCAGCCGCAGAACGUCGUCCUUUCGAAUCAAUACCGAGUCGUGUUCGAAUCGGAUAGACCUCGAAGGGGAGUCGAACGGAGUAGGAACGGAGACCCGAUUCUGUCGGCGAGACGACCAACGGAGCAAUUUUCGCCUCUGCUUCUCGUACGAGCUCCAGUCGACCGCAAACGAAACUUCCAUAGAGUUCUCGUCGCGGAUACCGAGCGACACGCGUCCCGACCAAUCGACGAUCGUGUUCCGGGACUCGGUGGGCGUCGUCGGCUCCUCGACGCCCUCCCCGGUUUCUUGUUGUUUCGCCGCUGCCAAUUCGAUAGCCGUGCGAUGCCGUUCGGCGAGCAAAACGGACAAGUCGAAGAAACGAGCGAGCGGUAGCAAGGACUCGCUCGGCUCGUCGCACGUUCCGAGCAAUUCUUGCGAAACCGUGGAAAGGAUAGGGAAGUUUCUGCGUACGUAUCUGCGUAGGAGCGGUCGUCGACGGUCGUCGAAUGCGAACGGCGUUCGCUCGUCGAAGAACAAAGUGGUUCCCAGCGGUGAUUCGACUUUGCCCGAGGUCAAGAUGGAGGACACCGUGCCUGACGCUGUUCUCGCUCUCGGAAAAGAAUACGAAUCCGUUCCGCGUCCACCCAGCAAACUUCCUCCGCUGCGUUCGAUAACCGGCCAUUCUUGCGAGCAGCUGGCGAUUCAGACGCGAAGAGCGGUGGGUCCUUCGACGACGAGGAGACCAGCGGCUCAUAUCUACACCCGUCCACGGCGGACCUCCUCCUUCCGAAAGAGGCCGAGACUGAAGGCAAAUUCGCGCGUUACCCAGUCCAUACAACUCUCUCCCAUUUUGGAGUCGGAUCUGUCGAAACCCGCGUCGCCGCGGUCGUCGUGCUCUCUCCUCUCGCUUCGCUCUCCCGGUUCCCCUCGGUCGACCCGUAUCGCGCGUUCCUCGUCUCCUCGAUUCGUUCCGGCAUCGUCGGCAAUGUGAUUUCCAUCGC